CCUCAAUUAAAAUGGCCUCACGAUGCGACUUCGAAGGCAGCAAUGACGCAGGCUGCUUCGCCACCCUGACCAACGCCUAUGCCAUUACGGCCCUGGGCGCGGCGGAGAACUUCUACAGCGUGUUUGAGGCGGAGCUAGCUGACCACAUCCCGGUGAUCAAGACGUCGGUGGCGGGGACGCGGCUGGUGGGACGGAUGACGGUCGGCAACCGCAACGGCCUGCUGCUGCCCAAUACCACGACAGACCAAGAGCUGAUGCACAUCCGUAACUCGCUGCCGGACGAGGUGGUGGUGCAGCGCAUCGACGAGCGGCUAUCCGCGCUGGGCAACUGCAUAGCCUGCAACGACUACGUCGCCUUGAUACAUCCCGACAUCGACAAGGAGACGGAGGAGAUAGUGGCGGAUGUGCUCGGGGUGGAGGUGUUCCGCCAGACCAUCGCCGGCAACGUGCUGGUGGGCAGCUACUGCCAGUUCACCAACCAAGGAGGCCUGGUGGCGCCACAGACCAGCGUGGAGGACCUGGACGAGCUGUCCAGCCUGCUGCAGGUGCCGCUGGUGGCGGGCACCGUCAACCGCGGCAGCGACGUCAUCGGCGCGGGGCUGGUGGUCAACGACUGGGCCGCCUUCUGCGGGCUGGACACCACGUCCACCGAGCUGAGCGUGAUUGAGAGCGUGUUCAAGCUCAGGGACAGCAACGCCGCCAAGAUUGUGAACGAGAUGCGCGCAAGCCUGAUUGACAGCAUGAUCUGAGCUGGCGGUCUGUGCCGGGGCUGAGCCCAGCUGGCGGCGUGGCGUCAUCUGCCGCGUUUGUGGCUGGGCCUCUGUACACUACUCGCCGCAGUGUCCUCCUUCAGUUUCUGUACACGAUUUGCGCCCUUCCCGCCCUCCUUGGUUUUGUGCAUCGAGCAUGAGUGUCCGAUUUGGACUCAUUGCACAGCGCGCUGUGCUGCUUGCACUGCUGCCAUUACACACCAUGCAAUUCAACACAACA